AUGGGAUUUUUGAGUGGUGUUCUCAGUAACAUCAAAGAGCAUUUAGGGCAGCAUAAAGAGCAAAUUACAGAAGCUAUUAAGUCACUUGAGACCAAUAAACACCUUGGUAAAAAAGGUUUUAAUGUUGCGAUUGUAAAGGUGGUCGCAGGGGUGCGGGGGUAUAAUGGUAAUGUAAAGUCUUCUAAUGAAGCAGUGAAAAAACCAAUUGAAAAACUAAAAGAAGAUAUGAAGAAGUAUACAAAAGGAAAAUUAGAUGAAAUUAAAGAUGACGCAGACGUCGGUGAUUCUGACCUUUCUGAUGCUGUUACCGGAAUUGGUAAAAAGUACAAUGAGUUUAUUAACUCAACUUUUGAAGUGCUGACUGCGUUGUCAAAAGCCGAAGAAGGCAGCAAAGCAAUCAGUGAUCUCAAUCAUAAUUGUAAGAAUAAAAUUAUUAAUGCUGAAAAGACAAUCAGGCAUGAGUAUGAUACACUACAGAUGACGUUUCAGAAUCAAUACACAGACUUAGAGAGAUGUAUUAAUAGUGUGAAUAGACAUUUCAGUGCUCUUGAGCAACGGGUGAAUAGUCUGGCAAGAGAUCAAAUUACAAAACUGGUAGAUGAGAUUAAAAAAGAAUUGAGUAAACGCAAGGCGGAUAUAGAAAGCGAAAAAAAUAAGUUAAAUACAUGGUUGAAUGAUACGACAGCAACAAAUGAUUCGAAAUCAGAAAAAGAGGUACUUGAGGACAAUUGCUCCAAUGUUACGAAGGGUGUGGCUACAUUCUCGGUGCAAUAUACAACGGUCAAUACACAACUUAGUGCCAUUAAAAAAGUUGUACAGGAUACUGAAGGGACGGACAAACUUGAGACUUUUGUUGAGCAGAUCGCAGUUGCAGCUCAGCAGGUUGGUAAUGAUUUGGGAAAUCAUAUUAACACCUUGAAUGACUGGAUGCAGAAAGCCAAGCACGCCGUGACAAAUGCUAAAGGAAAAAUGGAGCAGAUUGUAAACCUUUUGGAAGAUAAACAGGAAAACGGAAAAAAAAGUGAUAUUAGUAAGGCGGCCACGGAAUUACAACAAAAAGCGCAGUCCCUUCUGACAUCCAUGAAGGGGGCCAAAAGUGAAUUGAGCCGUUUGGUGGGUUCAUUACCCAAAACCCUUGAUACCAUUUUGAAACCAUCCAUUGCCGCCGAUCUAAAGGAUCUUAGAGAUGGAAUUAGAAGGAAAGUCGUGGAGUAUUUCGAAGAGUUAGGGCUGGCGAAAUUCGGUGAAGCGGCAGGGAAUACAUUCGGUGGUAAUGUUCAGAUGCUGAAGUUGAAUGGCCGGUUUAAGGAUUGGCUUGAAGCGUCCGGUAAAGGUGGACUCAAAUUAAAAAAUUCCUCCAACAACCUGAUAGAACACGCAUCGUAUGCACGAAAGGCACUACUAUACGCAUUGGAUUCACUAAAUGCAAAACUCGACACAGACCAUGGUAAAUCUGGUUUCAACGCAAUGCGAGAGGACGUUGAUGGUAAGAUAGAUGAGGAGUUUGGCGCAGAAAACAGUCCGUUGAAUAAUGCUGAAAAAAAUCACAUGAAAGCUUAUAAAGGAACUCAGGAGCAGGUGUCGCAGAAGAUUAAGCAAAUCGAGACCGACGUAAAUGAUAAUCAUUUCAAAAAAUUCGAUGAUGGCCAGAUUGCAAAAAUUGAUGAAGGAGUACUAACGGAAGCCCUCAGAAACGUUAAUGACGCCAUCGGUGGCUUCACCAAUGCCCUUAGAGAGCUCAUCGAUACGAAAAGUGAUCAUAGCACCAACAUGAAAUAUUAUCUCACGAGGCUUGAUGAUAUGCUUUGCGAUAAAGGCUAUACAGCCUCUCAUCGUCUGUCAGGCACGUCGGUCCAAGGUUUUGAAAACAUUACGGCACAGAUCGCCAACCUUAAAAAAAACGAUCUGGAUACAAAAAGCGGCAGAAUCUAUGAUAAGAUCAGCACCGUCGCCAAACAAGUAUCAUCACUUGAAGAAGCUUCCAAAAAAACCACUGUACCCGACGAGACGCUGAUAAAGCUUGUCGACAGCCUGCCCGACGAUAUGGGUAAGCUUAGUUCAAGUAUUGAAGGAUCAAUUCAGGUAAUUGAAGAAGUUAAUAAUAAGUUAGGAGCAUGGUUGAUAACUGUCGCAGCAUACAUUGAACGCCUUAAGGAAGUCGGAGAGCGACAUAUUCACCAUUUUGCCACUAAGCUUAAACAAGAAAUAUCGCUCACAUCAUCCGCCAUUACCACCGAAAUUCGAAAACGUUACGUUCGCUGUGUAAAAAGACAACUUCGAUAUUUUGCCGACACGAUCACCAGCGAGCUUAGCGAGCUGCCCACCCUCAUUGACACUGACCGACACAUCGGCUUUAAAGGCUUCAUGGAGAAGUUUUAUGGCGAUUACGUCGAUACGUUGAAUGAUGAGAAUAUUAAAAAACUCAGUGAUCUUGCCACGGCGGCGACCGACUCACCUGCGCAGAAGAAACAAGCGUUCGAAAAAUUAUCCUCCGCCUUCGCUGCCUUCUACCUCCCACUCAACAAGUAUCUCCUCGAAGAAAUUACACGUGUAAACGAGUCUGAGAAUAAUAAGAAGAAUCCCGUUGCCACUGAUAAACAACUGUAUGGACGUCAGCUCUUCCGAAUUUAUGACUCAUUGAAUGAGUUAACCACCCACAUUAAGCAAAGGCAUAGGUAUGAUUGCAUGGUACCCGGGAUGCUUGAUAAGCUCGGCGCUGCAAUUGACGGACUGAAGCCGGACGGAUUCUCUCAGCCUAGUACGCCGAUCAUAGAUUGUGUCUCCAGCGGUUUUACCAGCCUCGUCUACGAACUGCGUAAAGCGUACACAUCGGUGUAUGAUUCCCAACAGUUCGAUAGUAAACUGGUUGAAGAGACCGGUACCGAAGUCGUCUACAGCACCAAGGUCUAUCGGAUAGAGGAGUUGACAACGUACGGCCGGAAGUGCGCCAAAGUAUGUCUCAGCAUUGUGCCCAUUGUGACCGACGCACUAAGUGACCUCAAAGAGAAGCUUGACAACGAAGACGGGAAGUGGAAGAAAUAUAAGAUAUAUAAUUCCGGUGAAUCCCACCACAGCCUCCAUCGGCUGUUCUUCACUGACCACGGUUACGAUCCUGGUCUAGCUGUUAACGCCGAGCAUGGCGAGUUGAAUCAUAGAGAUGAGUGUAUAGGUGAGCGUAUUCUGCGUCAUCUUAAAACAGGUGCUAAAGCCUUGUUCACUUCCAGUUCCACCAAGCACCCUUCCAGUCCGGUUACCGAUGACAUUGCCAUAGAAGAGGUCCACGAGGGUGGCGUGAUUGCAGAUCUAUUUGCCCACCGUAAGACAUACAUGGAAGUCUGCCACUUAAUUCACAUCGACAAACCAAGAACGCCAUGUAAUGUCUACGAAAUGUUAGUUUGGCUGACUGGGUUACCACAUCAUCAGGUUUAUGGCAAAUUGGAGGACCAUAUUAAGACGCGUUGCGUUAAGCCCAAAACACUGCAGCACUUGGAAUACAGCAAACUACACAAUACAGAACUGAGGCUGGAACAGACUUCGAUGAUAACGGCACACGUUAUAAUGCAAACAAUCGAGAACGUCUGCACAAAUGCACCUACGCUCCUCACCACGAUCCUCGGCACCGGAGAUGAGUUAACCGUCUAUGCGUCUGACUUCUCCAACAAUGCGCUCAGGUUCACGUACCCAACCAGUGGUGAAGAUUGCCUGCAUACGUUCUUAGACAUUCUCCGCCGGCUGUGGUCCGUUCUCAGAUACUUGGAAGGGCAGUGCGGUCACCCGUCAUCAAUCUACGGAUGGCGUGACUGCCAAUACGGCAAGGCAGUCGACCACUCAAAUUGGCAGUGUGAGGACCACCCAAGAAAGAAACCAACGUGCCAAGCAAAUUUCCAACCAAAGUGCCAGGCAGCGUGCCAACCAAACACCCAAGCAAAUUGCCAGCCGGCUUCUCCGUUGAUGAGCUACUUCAACGACUGCCUACCAGGCCAUCUGCCUCACAGGUUGGAAUCAAUCGGUUGCAAAUCAGAAUGUAAAACGUGCUCCCCAAAAUCGAAGGGGCAGCCCUGUUUGACGCCACUUGGUUUCAGAGCUUUCUCCGGCUCCACAAAACCCGGCAAGGUGCUCUGCAAAAUCCUGGAUCAAUUCCUGAAUUCCGAUGACGUUUCAUGCUUAUUUGCACUGGCGCAGAGUCCACCGGCGACAUUGGCGGAACAUUUCGGCUUUACUUUGUCGCUGGUGAAAGGGUGGCAUGAGAGUACUAGAAAAUUACAGAACAAUGGGUUCCAAUCAGUGUUUAUAAAAUCAAUAUAUAAGCAAUCUAUUAGUCUCUACAAGGAGACCGGUACACUUACUGACGCACUUCGUGACGCUUACGGUAGCAGUCAAAGUAAGCAUGAUGAGACGAAACAUAAUACGAAACCUGCUAAAGCCGAAGACAAGGAAAUUAAAAGAGGUGACUUGUCAAGUCUGUCAAUGACUGUAGACUGUCCCGGUCAGCAUUGCGGUCCAUACCUCUCACCUCUCUGCAGCGACACUUAUCGUCAGCUCCUCAGAAAAAAUUCCGACACGUACCUCUCAUGGUCGGUGUACCUUCCGUGGACAUUUUGGGACUUACUGAACAGCUUAUACAAUUCACUCUGCGCCAUCUCUUGUCAAGAUUGGGGCUGCAAAACGUGUAUGCAGGGCGAUGCGUGCAGACGAGGAAAGCAUGGUGACUCUCAGUCAGCGUGUAAGUGUUCAUCAUUAGUUGCUUGCAGAGGCGUGUCACCAACACUCUACAGCUAUGGAUUUAGGUUUGGCGUGCCAUGGCUGUUGGGUGAUAAACAGACGAAGAAGACGUGCUUCGACAUCCAAAAGCAGUUGCAAAAUGUUCUUCAAUCGCAAUAUUUCGAAGAACUGUUUAAACAAUGCGAUAAAUUCCUCUUCACCAUCAGACAACCCUUCAUCUGGCUCAACGUCGCCCUUUGGCUCCUCUCCUUCCUGUACCUCAUCCACAUCAUGGUAAUCCGCCUCGACUUGCUCCACAUCAAAUCGCAUUUGCAUAGUCCCUCAAGUCAUCGCAUAGCCGCGCAAUCACUACUCGCUGCUGGACGCGUUAACAAACUGGGGAGGGUGUUUUACCUGCAACCAUAA